AUGAGGUUGAAAAUUGCCACAGAUGUAGCGGAGGCACUAGCAUACUUGCACUUCGCGUCUUAUGUACCUAUCUAUCACAGAGACAUCAAGUCUACUAAUAUCCUUCUGGAUGAAAAGUACGUUGUCAAAGUGUCAGAUUUUGGAAUUUCCAAACUUGUUGAAGUGGAUCAGACUCAUCUAAGUUCUAACUACACUGGUGAAAGGGACGUUUGGGUAUUUAGAUCCAGAGUAUUACCAGACAAGGCAACGACCGAUAUCAAUGGAGAGAACGGAGGUGGAAAGAAACUUGGCUUUGCAAUUUUUGCGUAUAUGAGAGCGGACAACCUUCACGCAAUUUUAGACACCCAGGUUUUGAAUGAUGGUGGGAAACAUGAGGUUAACUUAGUUGUGAGGCUUGCGAAAAGAUGCUUGAAUGUUAAGGGGCAAAUACGACCUACUAUGAAAGAAGUGGCUACGGAAUUGGAAAGUUUAGUAAUGUCCCAAAUACAUACUGCCAAUGAUAUGGAGCUCGAAGAAGAAGCAAUAGUGUCUGAAGCAAAGGACAUGGAGUUUUCAGACAUUGAGUGCUAA